AAUUUGACGCCCCCCCCCCCGCCGACCCCCAUCAUCUGCAUAUUUCUCAUCUGGGCGAGGAAGACGACAGCAAGCGGGCGGACGGACGCAGGGUCGAGGCUGUUUUGUGGCGAAAAAGGCGGACGAAACGCUUGCAGCCGCCAUGACGACCAUCGUGAUGGAGCGAAUCGGGCGCCUCUUCAUCAGCCUGCAGCAUAUCAAGCAGGUCCCCCGCCUGCUGACCUCCGAGGCGUCUCCCUCCAUGCCCGGCACCGUGCGCGACACCGAGGUGCCCCACUUCUUCCGCGAGCGCUACGUUCGCGCCGGCUACCGGCCUCUCCACCGACGCUGGCGCUACUACUUCCUGUCUGCCUUCCGCCGCCACAACGAGACCGUCAACAUCUGGACGCACCUGCUCGCCUUCCUGGCUCUCCUGGCCAAGAUGAGCCACGUGGCGCAGACAGUGGAUUUGGUGCGGGACCCGCACGCGUGGCCCUUGCUGAUCCUCAUCCUGUCGGCGCUCAACUACACGGCGUGGAGCGUGGCGGCGCACCUCCUGGGCAGCAAGUCAGAGAUGUGCCACUACGCCUUCUUCUUCCUGGACUACGUGGGCGUGGCGCAGUACCAGUACGGCAGCGCGGUGGUGCACUACUACUAUGCGGCCGAGGAAGGGUUGCACCGGCGCGCGGGGGCCGUCUUCAUGCCUGUGGCGGCGCUGCUCAGCUGGCUCUCGUGUCUGGGAUGCUGCUACGGUAAGUACCGGAACCACACCCUGCCGCCUUGGGUGCGUAAAGUGGGCCAGGUGGCGCCGUCCACCAUCACCUACAUGUGGGACAUCAGCCCUGUGGUGCACAGAGUCGUCGUCGGCGACCCCGACCCGGCCGUCGUGUACCACCUAAGCCACAUUGCCUUCUUCCUGGGCUGCGCCUUCUUCUUCGCCUUCCCCGUGCUGGAGCGCUGCUGGCCCGGAGGUUGCGACUUCCUGGGUCAGGGCCAUCAGCUGUUCCACGUUCUGCUCUCCUGCUGCACCAUGUGUCAGAUCCACGCUUCGUACUUGGACUACGGCGGGCGGCGGGGAGUGUACGCGCGGCUCCACGCCGCAGACGACCCGGCGCUCUUCGCCGCCCUGUACGUGCUGACGCUGCUCGUGUGCGUCCUCAUCGCCGCCUUCAUGCUGAGGAAGGCCAAACGUCUGCUGGACCGCCAGGACAAGUCCGAGUGA